GGAAGUUCUGUAGCGUAGCCGCACAGGACCCCUUCGGUCUUCGGAUCCCCGGGGAACGACAGCGGCCGGGCUGUGGUUUUGAAAUGCGGGUAUGUACAAACUACCUGAAUUCCAUGGAUCUUGAUGGAUUCAAGCCGAUGUCCUUUUUUCGCCUGAUACCCACAAUAUAAAAAGCUACAUCCCCGAACGUCCCUGCGUCUGAGUUCAACUGUAGUGAACAUCCAUCCUUUCUCCAUCCCACUUCCCCUUCUCAUCCGUCAUCAAACAAACAACUCUACCCUAAACCACCUCAACACACAAUCAAAAUGUCCUCCACCCCCAGAGUCUGGCUUAUCACCGGCGCCUCCUCCGGUCUCGGCCGCGAGAUUGCCCUCCGCGCCCUCGCCCAAGGCGACAUCGUCUUCGCCACUGCUCGCAACCCGGCCAAGAUCCCUGAAUCUUUGACCUCCCAAGAGCUUUGCAUUCCUGAGACCCUGGACGUCACCUCCCCCGAUGCCGUCCUCGCCGAGACCGUCGCCCGCAUCGUGUCCCACCCCAAGAACGUUUCGGGCCGCAUCGACAUCGUCGUCAACUCGGCCGGCUACGUCCUGGCCGGCGGCUGCGAGGAAGCUUCCGCCGAGGAGGCCUUCGCUCAGUUCAACACCAACGUGCUCGGCCAGCUGGCCGUCGGCCGCGCCGUGCUCCCUGUUCUGCGCCGUCAGCGCGCCGGCACCUUGGCGAACGUGGGCUCCAUCCUGUCCUACCUCGGUCCCCCGGGCGGUGGUCUGUACAGCAGCACCAAGGCCGCGUGCUCCAUCCUGUCCGAGGCUCUGACGGGCGAGGUCAAGCACCUGGGCAUCAAGGUCACCUGCAUUGAGCCCGGCUACUUCAGGACGUCCGUCCUCGACCAGGGUCAUCUGAUCCAUCCCGCCCGGACGAUUCCCGAGCUCAGGGGCCCCAACGGCAGCGAGGAGAUGAAGAAGACGCUGGCCAUGUGGGAGGCGGCCAACAACAAGCAGCCUGGCGACCCCAAGAAGCUGGCGGCUGUUGUUGUCGACGCCCUCAGUGGGAACGGCAAGUAUGCCGACCGCGAACUGCCCGCGAGACUGCUUAUUGGACGGGAUGCGUAUGAGAUUUGGGCGGCGGUGCAGGAGAAGCAGAAGAAGCAGAUGGAGGAGUGGAGGGAGGAGUGCACGAGCACGGAUUUUACUGAGUAAAGGGAGUGAGAGGCUUUGGGAAGGUUAGAAAGUGGGGAUGAGGGGAAGGAUGAAGGAAAAAAUCAUUGGGUUAGGGUAAUGAUUGUAAUGAAAUGAUUAAUACCGUACUUUCUUUUCAAAAUUGGACUUGUACGGCUUGACAGACGUCUGGUGAUGAUGAUGAUGAUGAUGGCAG